AUGCUUUCGGCCGCCUGCUCUGCGCGCUCUCUGCGAGCCAGGCAGUACGAGCCCAGACGCCUGGCCAACCAGAGCGAGGGCGCCCGUGCGGCCUUCCGGUCCACCAGCCUCCGCUUGGAGAACCCCAGCGAGGAGGCCGCGCCAGGCCCCGGCGACUACCACGACGGCCUGGUGAGGCCUGUGGGCUACAUCCCCGAGCACCUGCAGAGCCUGGACAUGCGGAUGCCCACCUUCAAGGAGCGCUCGGCUCCGCGCAUCACCAGGGUGCACCGCGACCUUCCAGCGGCUUCGGCCAAAGCCAGAGGCGUUCUGGGCAACUUUGCCAACGAGGUGAGCCGGCAGUGCCUCGGAAGCCAAGCCCUGGCAGUGGCCCUGCCGGGCCCUGGGGAGUACCAGGACAUUACGAAGGCCCAGUCGAGUGCAGCGACGGCCGGGAGUGCCUUCCAGGGCUCCAAGCGGGACCUUGGAGCACAGGAGUCCUCCUUCCCGGGCCCUGGCAAGUAUGAGCCGCGCAAGGUCGCGUCGCCGAUGGCCCGGACUCUGCGAUCCGCCUUUCAGUCGACCUCCGACCGUGGGAAGAUCGAGGCUCUGACCUUUGACUGCCCAGCGAUCUUGCAGCUUUAUCGCGGCGCACAUGCCCUUGAGAUGAAACAGAGUCCAUAA